AUGGAUGAUAGAGUAAGGUUAAAAGUAUAUUAUGAUGGCCAUAUUUUAUUACAAACAUCAGAAGGAGUGAAAUUUGUGUGUGAUAAUCCGUUAGAUAUUGUUAUUCCAUUCACACUGUCAUUUGAAGAAUUAAAAGGGAUCAUAUGUGAGAAGAUGGAUUUUGAAAUAUCUAGGAGAGUAUCGUGUAUUCUGUACAGAUAUCCUAUAUCUGUCUUUGGUGGGUUCGUGCAAUUUCAAACGAAAUACGUGACCGACGAGGCGAGCAUGCAAGAAAUGUUUUCAGUGUAUCUUGAAAGUCGGUCGCGAAUGACGUUUAUCGAAUUGUAUAUCGAGUUCGAGCAAUCUGCAGCGGACCGAGAUAUUGAAUUGGAAGAGUACAACAGUGAUAGUGAAGAAGACUUCGAAAGUAACUACGAGGUCGUUGAUCUAGGUGGAAACGAAGAUGAAGAUGACGAGGGUAUGGUGGCAGAUGUAGCGGACGUGGCAAAUGCACUAGCAAAUCAGCAGCCGUUUGUGGAGCCAAGUUUCAUGCGGUCGUUGGAUUUGGAUGCCAUGCAUGCACCGGAGUAUCCUCAAUAUUUAAAUGCAGCAGAGCUUCCCCUUAUGCCGGAUGGUGAAUUUACUGUGGGGAUGGAAUUCAGUUCUAGGGAGGCAGUAAUUAAGGCGAUGAAAGAUUAUACAAUCCGCAGAGGUGUGGAUUAUCGGGUGCAUGAGUCAGAACCGACGACAUUCUAUGCUAAAUGCACCCAGUAUGGUGCAGGAUGUGAUUGGCUGAUAAGGGUGAGCAAAAUGUCCAAAAAGUUCUGCUGGGAGAUAAGGAGGUACAACGGUAGUCACACCUGUACUAGGGCCACCAUUUCUCAAGAUCAUUCGAAGCUAGAUUCCAACACAGUUGCAGAAGCAAUAAAGCCGUUGGUAGAAGUUGACCCGUCUAUUAGGGUGAAAUCAGUGAUUGCGGAAGUACAGUCAAAGUUUAACUACACCAUUAGUUAUCGCAAAGCAUGGUUGGCUAAACAGAAGGCAGUGGAGUCAAUUUUCGGAGGGUGGGAAGCUUCGUACGAAGCCUUGCCGAUAUGGUUUGAGGCCAUGUGUCACAAGGAGCAACACGCAGUUGUUCAUUUUGAAACAAUGCCUGCGUACCAGGGAGAUGACUGGGUUCCUAAUAUUCGUGUGCUAAACCGAGUCUUCUGGAGUUAUUACCCUUGUAUUAGAGCCUUCAGACAUUGCAAGCCAAUAGUGCAGGUGGACGGAACUCAUUUGUAUGGAAAGUACAAGGGUUGUUUGUUGGUUGCAGUCUCACAGGAUGGCAACAAUAACAUCGUGCCGAUUGCAUUUGCCAUAGUGGAGGGAGAGACAUCUGAGGCUUGGCACUUUUUUCUCAGUAACUUGCGACAGCAUGUUGUGACACGUGACGGUGUGGGUCUUAUCUCCGAUCGACACGACUCCAUUAGGUCUGCUAUUGCUCGUAGUCAUGGAGCGUGGUCUCCUCCCAGAGCAUUCCACAUGUUUUGCAUCAGACACAUAGAGUCCAACUUUCUGAGGAAAUUCAAGGCUCUGUAUCUGCAGAAGCUUAUCGUCAACAUCGGUAUGAAAUUUACUAUUACAUUUACUCCUGGACUCAGUUAUUGUGAUGAACGUUUCUUAUGGUGGGCCCAUUUUUAUGUGACAGGAUACUCACGGACAGUUCGCGAGUACGAGACGCGUUACCAGCGGUUACAUGAGCGAGGUGAGGCUUAUACCAACUGGCUGGAUCGAAUUCCGCGUGAGCAGUACGCCUUGGCAUUUGAUGGGGGAUAUCGAUGGGGUCAUAUGACAACCAAUCUAGUAGAAUGCAUCAACUCGGUAUUGAAAGGGGCUCGCAAUCUUCCAGUCGCUGCACUAGUUAAGGCAACAUUUUACAGGCUUAAUGAAUUGUUCACCCGAAAAAGAGCCGAGGCUGAGGCUCGAAUUAAUGAAGGACAUGUGUUCUCUGAGCAUGUAACCUCCAAACUACAUGCAAAUCAGCUGGCAGCAGGUAACAUCCAAGUUAGUUGCUUUGACCGACAAAAUGAGGUAUUCGAAGUGCGUGAGUGUCCUAGUGGUGUGGAGUAUACGGUGGACCUCCGUCAACAAAGGUGUGACUGUGGUGAGUUCCAAGUUGACCGGCUUCCGUGUCGACAUGUGUUUGCUUGUUGUGCAAACCAACGUCUUGAUUGGCAACUGUAUGUACAUGAUGUCUACAAGAUGGACCAGAUUCGACGAGUGUACAGGGUUAGGUUUAGGCCACUCGGGAAUCCGUCAACAUGGCCAGUUUAUCAUGGACCUCGAUUCGUAGGUAAUCCAUUCCUAAGACGGGUAUCCAAAGGUCGGCCAAGGAUGACCCGGUUCUUGAAUGAGAUGGACACUCGGAUGUUGCGUGGUCCUAGGCGAUGUAAGCAAUGCGGGGCCGAGGGCCACAGUCGUAGUAGAUGUCGUCAACGUGGUGGGCCAAGUAACCCGGGUGCUACAACGCAAUAG